CCCUGCCAUGGCAGGGCCUGGAACAGGAUGGUCUUUGGGGUCCUUUCCCACCCAAAUCAUUCUGGGACUCUGUGCCGUGUACUGUGGAAUGACCCUGCUGGAGCAGGAAGGCUUGAGCAGGAAGGCUGGACCAGAUGAAUCCCCGUGGUCCCUUCCAGCCUGUCCCAUUCCGGGAAUCCUUGAAAUGCAGGAUGGACUCCACUAAAGGCCCUUUCGGGCCCCUUUCCCAACACUUUCCUGGGGCAGCGCCCCAGCUGACCGCCCCUGCCACGUGACCGCCGCCCUCAGUCCUCCUUCGGGUAGGGCUGCGCGGGGCCGCUUCCGCUUCCGGUGCUGCCUGGCCCGUCAUGGCGGCGCCCAGCGAGGCGCGGGAGCGGCGGCCUUUCGGGCGGCGGCUGCUCACCGACCCAGCCCGGCUUUUCCAGCACAACGCCUGGGAUAAUGUGGAAUGGUCAGAAGAGCAGGAAGCCAGUGCCAGGAGUAAAGUUGAAGAGAACAGCUCACAGCUAUUGCCACAACAUAAACAAGAGGAAUAUGAGGUGAAUGCUAAGAAAUACUGGGAUGACUUCUAUAAAAUCCAUGAAAAUGGCUUCUUCAAGGACAGGCACUGGCUGUUCACUGAAUUUCCUGAGCUGGCACCUAACAGGAACUCAAGCCAAAAUGGAGAUUCUGUGCAUGGAUUUAGUAACACAGCAGAAUCCAACAAUGAAGGGUUGGGAAGCUGUGGAAAUGUCCAUUGCUCUUUGGAAACCAGGACAGAGAGUCAGUUACACCUGAUAAAAAGCCCACCUGGCAGCCACACAGAGAAACUGACUGCACGGGAAGACAGUGAGCUGAAUCAGAGUGAUGGGGAUUACCCAGGAUCAACUGCAUCUUACCGUAUAUUAGAGGUUGGCUGUGGGGCUGGGAAUACAGUCUUCCCAAUUUUACAAACCAACAAUGACCCAGGCCUGUUUGUUUAUUGCUGUGAUUUUUCUACAACAGCUGUGGAUCUUGUCCAGAACAAUGCAGAAUAUGAUACUUCUCGCUGCUUUGCAUUUGUCCAUGACCUGUGCAAUGACCAAAGCCCUUUCCCAAUGCCAGAGGAGAGUCUUGACAUUGUUAUUCUUAUCUUUGUCCUCUCAGCAAUUCUCCCAGAGAAGAUGCAGUGCAUUGUGACCAGACUGAGUCGCCUUCUGAAACCAGGGGGAAUGAUCUUGUUACGAGAUUAUGGUCGUUAUGAUCUCGCCCAACUUCGGUUUAAGAAAGGUCAAUGUCUGUCUGAUAACUUCUAUGUGAGAGGUGAUGGCACUAGAGUUUACUUCUUCACACAAGAUGAAUUAGAUCAUCUGUUCACCACAGCUGGGCUGGAGAAAAUCCAGAAUCUGGUUGAUCGGCGAUUGCAAGUGAACCGUGGGAAACAGAUGACGAUGUAUCGGGUGUGGAUCCAGUGCAAGUACUGCAAACCCACCGCACUUCAGCCAUGAGGCAUGUAGACUUUAGGCUGAAGCCUCUUUGUCUCCUCCUGGUAACAGGUGUGUGAUACAGUUCUGCACACCCAGGACCUCUGUGCCUUGUACCAUGCCUGGCAUCAGUUCAAGUGAGUUUUGCUAAGGAUGAAUGCCCUGAGAGUACAGCAAGCAGAAUUCUUUUAGAAUCACAGAAUAUACUAAGUUGGGAAGGACCCAUGAAGAUCAAGCCCAUCUCCUAUCCCUGCACAGGACACCCCAACAAUCCCACCCCAUGCCUGAGAGCAUCAUCCAAACACUCGUUGAAUUCUGGAAACCUUGGGGCCGUGACCAAUUCCUGAGGAACCUGUUCAGUGCCAAACCACUCUUUGUGGGAAGAACCUUUUCUUGAUAUCCAGCCUAACCCUCCCUGGACACAGCUCCAGCCAUUUCCUCGAGUCCUGUCCCUGGAGUGAAGAGAUUGGUUCCUGCCCCUCUGCUGUCCCUUAGGAGGAUGUCGAAGAUCCCUGUGAAGUCUGAUCUCAGUCUCCUCCAGUUGAAUAGACCAAGUGCCCUCAGCCACUCCUCAUAGAGCUUCUCCUCAAGGCCCUUCACCAUUCUCAUGGCCCUUCUCUGGUCUCUAGUGGCUUAAUGUCUUUUUUAUAUUGCAGUGCCCAAAACUGCCCCCAGCAUUUGAGGUGAGGCUGCCCCAAAGCAGAGGAGAACAAUCCCCUUCAUGACCAGGAAUGCUUUACCUGAUGCCCCCAGGACAUGGAGUCCCUCCUGGCUGCCAGGGCACUCCUGACUCAUGUUCAACUUGCCAGGACUCCCAAGUCCCUUCCUGCAGCUGCUCUCCAGCCUCGGUUGCCCCUCCCCACGUGCAGAAUCCAGCACUUUCCUUUGUUGAAUUUCCCAUGACUGGUGAUUGCCCAUUUCUCUGAUUUGUCAAGGUCUCUCUGCAGGCCCUUUCUGCCCCUGAGACUCACAGCUCCUCCCAGUUUAGUGCAGACAGCAAACUUAGUAUUCCUUCAAGUCCUGCACCCAAGUCAUUAAUGUGGAUGUUGAAGAGCACAGGCUUGAGAAGGGAGCCCUGUAAAUGUCAUGCUACUGGUCCGAGUUUUAAGAAUUAUUUAUGCUUUUAACCUAAGAGAUGGUCAUGAUGUUGUACAGCAGCUGAGCAGGUUGAAUAGCAACUUGCUCAUACUCUGGAUUUUCACAUGAAACAGGAGAGCUCUGACCUUA